UCGCGUCCAUUUCUUCAGAGCAAAACAAUGCAGUGCUGAAGGGAGUGCGGACCCCCGUUCUCCUCCCUUUUUCUCUCGCUCCCUGUCUUUUCUCGAGGGAUUUGAGGGCCCUGUGUUAAGUUCAUGGUAAAUCUAGUCGCUUUUGUGAUGCGUGAGUUGAAGCCGGGAAGAAUUAUCGACUUAUGAGAGUAUCAGAGACAUGCGAAGACACAGAAGAACACAGACACUAAGCAAGUCCUGAAACAAUGUCUAUGAAACUGUCUGCCAGAUCCCAGAGGGGGAACCCAUAUGCCACACUUGAGAAAAUGCAGAAUGGCCAUGCAACGACCAUCUAUUUAGGAGAGGGACCCGGACUCCUCUCAUCUCCGACCCCAAGUUCCGAGGACACACAAUCAACCACAAACCAAAGUGCUGAGGGCAAGGCUACUCCCAGUGGGAUGUGGGUGAAUGGGCGGGAAGCAAGCGGGCUACCAUGGGAGGAGGUAGCCCGUUUGCUUGUCACAGACACCAACAGUGGCCUGCCCUCCCGAGAGGUCAUGACCCGGAGACAAGUCAUUGGUUACAAUGAAUUCUCAGAGGCUGAAGAUGACCCCUUGUGGAAAAAAUAUCUGGGACAGUUCAAGGAACCUCUAAUCCUCCUGUUGCUGGCUUCAGCCUUUGUUUCUCUGUGUAUGAGCCAGUUUGAUGAUGCAGUUGUUAUUACACUUGCUAUUGUGAUUGUUGCAACGGUUGCUUUCAUUCAAGAACUUAGAACAGAUAAAGCUCUUGAGGAAUUGAAAAAGCAGGUACCCGUCACCUGCAUGUGUCUCCGUGAUGGUAAUGUUAAUGAAUAUCAGGCAAGGGAGCUGGUUCCUGGGGACCUCGUCCAUCUUAACAUUGGGGAUCGAGUCCCAGCUGAUUUAAGACUCUUUGAAGCCUAUGAUCUCAGUAUUGACGAAUCCAGUUUCACAGGAGAAACAGAGCCAGCUAGCAAGAAUAAUAAUAUCGUCACCACAAGCACCUAUGGAACCUCUGGAAGCCUUGCCAAUAUUGCAUAUAUGGGGACUUUCGUUCGUACCGGCCGAGGCAAAGGUAUUGUUAUCAGCACUGGAGAAAAGUCCCAGUUUGGCGAGCUGUUCAAAAUGAUGAUGGAAGAGGAGGCUCCCAGAACCCCUCUCCAAAAAAACAUGGAUGAGCUGGCCAAGAAACUCUCCAUAUUUUCCUUCUGCUUCAUUGGGGUUGUGUUUGCUCUCGGACUGUACCAGGGCAUUCCCGUUCACAAGAUCUUCAAUAUUGCUGUAAGUUUAGCUGUAGCAGCAAUACCAGAGGGCUUGCCCAUAGUUGUGACAAUGACGCUCUGUCUUGGGAUUCGUCGUAUGGCCCAGCGCUCCGCUUUAGUGAAAGGUUUACAUACAGUGGAAACUCUUGGUUGUGUCACAACAGUGUGUUCUGAUAAAACUGGAACUUUAACAAAGAAUGAAAUGACUGUAACAUCCAUCAUCACAUCAGAGGGCGAUGAAUGCCAUGUCACCGGAGUAGGCUAUUCGUCUGAUGGCUGCAUUGUGUUCGAAGGAGGCUACUCUGACCUUGCUAAUGAGGCAGUCACGAAGCUUCUGGAAACAGGUGCUGUAUGUAACAAUGCUGAGAUAGUUGGGGAUCAGCUGCUGGGACAGCCCACAGAAGGAGCUAUAUUGGCUGCCGCUAUCAAACAUGGUGUGUACAAUGCCCGAGAUAAGUACCAAAGGUUGGAAGAAGUGCCUUUCAGUUCUGAAACCAAGAUGAUGUCAGUCAAAAUCAGAAAUAAAAAAACUGGGGAAGUGGAGUGGCUGGUUAAAGGUAGUGUUGACGCUGUUCUGGCAUCAUGCACCCAGUAUAACCAGAGCAUGGCUACCCUCCCAUUGUCCCAGGAGAAAUGUCAACAGAUCAAGUCAGCUUGCAUAGAUCGUGGAAGGCAAGGACUCAGAGUUGUUGGGAUUGCACGAGGUCCGUCCCCAAGUGAGCUGAGCUACAUGGGUAUGGUUGGCAUAAUGGACCCCCCACGUGAAGGAGCCAGAUCUUCUGUUACUACUCUCCAGUCUACAGGAGUUAGUGUCAAGAUGGUGACUGGUGAUGCGCAGGAGACUGCUUGUGCUAUUGCCCAAGCAGUCGGUCUUAGGGUUGGGCCUGGUACUGUGUAUUCUGGUGAUCAAGUAGACAGCAUGGAUGAGCGGGUAUUACUUGGGAUCAUUCAAGAUGCUACAGUGUUCUACAGAGUGUCACCCAGGCACAAGCUGCGAAUUGUUAAGGCACUUCAAGACAGAGGAGAAAUUGUCAGUAUGACAGGUGAUGGCGUUAAUGAUGUGGUAGCCCUAAAGCGUUCUGAUAUCGGCAUAGCCAUGGGCAAAAUGGGUUCAGCUGUCAGCAAAGAGGCUGCAGAUAUGAUCCUCAAUGAUGAUAAUUUUACAACCAUUUUGGCAGCCAUCGAGGAAGGCAAGUGCAUCUACCACAACAUCACCAACUUCGUACAGUUCCAAGUGAGCACCAGCCUUGUGGCCCUCAGUCUCAUUGCUCUUUCCACGCUCUUUGGGUUACCCAGUCCUCUCAACCCUAUGCAGAUUUUGCUGAUCAAUGUCAUCAUGGAUGGCCCUCCAGCCCUGACUCUUGGGAUGGAGCCUAUAGAUGAAGACGUGAAAGUCCAGCCUCCCAGAGACACCAAGAAGGACCUCAUAACGCCCAAAAUUAUCCGCAAUUGUGUCAUCUCAGCUACUGUUAUCAUCUGUGGGACUAUGUGGGUCUUUAGGUCUGAAAUGAUGGAUGGUGUGGUGACAGCCCGAGACACGACAAUGACCUUCUCUUGCUUCGUAAUGUAUGACAUGUUCAACGCCAUGUCAUGUCGCUCUGAAGGCAAGUCAGUCCUGGAGAUUGGCCUCACAAGCAACUGGUACUUAUUUAUAGCUUUAACAGCUACCAUAGGCUGUCUGCUUGGUGUGGUCUACAUGCCUUUUCUGCAGUGGGUGUUCCAGACGGAAGGCUUGCAUAUCACCGACUGGAUCUACCUCCUGUGUCUAACCUCCACUGUGCUGCUGGUGUCUGAGCUAAGGAAGUUCCUGGACCGCCGGCAGGAGUAUUCCAAGGGCAUCCUGAAGAAAGGCUUUUGGGUGUCCAAAAAAGCCAAGGCAAACUGGAUGGAUGCUGUGUAGUUGAUACUUUUUCUAUUUUUAUUCUGAUAUCAGUAGAGACCCUUUUUGUAACAACAAAUAUGAUCAAGGCAUGAACUGUGAAAAUGAACCAGAGAUUUGGCAGGUCAUUUUGAUUUUGAUAUCCUGUUAGCUUGCUAUAUAUAUAUAUAUAUAUAUAUAUAUAUAUAUAUAUAUAUAUAUAUAUAUAUAUAUAUAUAUAUAUAUAUAUAUAUAUAUAUAUAUAUAUAUAUAUCUUUCUUUUUAUUUUUUUAUUAUUAUCAUCUGCCUUAGAAAUCUGUACUUGAGGUAUCAUUAUUAGUCAUUUCACCUUUGUAUUAUUCAUAGAAUGAUUCCUAAAUGCAGAUACUUUAACUGAAAUGUGAUAUGCAUAAGUUCGAACUAACAUAAGUGUCAAGAAGAUAUUUCAUGAUUCUUCUCUGCUGCAAGCUUAACCAUUUUUUCAUUUAAUGUUGAGGUAUUCAGUUUUUUCCUAGUGAUCUGAAAAGUGAAUUAUUGAGAACAGCGAAGAGAUGGCCAUAAAUCUUAAUAGAUUAGUUGUUCUUUCUUGUUUAUUUGCGCGUAAAUAAUUGGGAUCUAUUAUUUAUUGAAAAGAUAAGGACUACGAAAGGGUUCAUAUAUCCUUCUCUUAAACUAGUCACGGUCACUGACAAGAGACACACUAAUUUAAAAAAGGAUAUAUAAACCCUUUCAUAGUGACACCAAAAAGAAAGGAGAAACUUUUAUUUGAAACUGAAUCUGUUUUUAUAUUCUUUUUAAAGUUGCUUGAAUGAAGACAUAUUCUACUAAAUCCUUUUGUGUAUAUGUUUAUAUUUUUAGUUAUCAUUACGGGUAUGUUUCCACUCUCAGUCCCUGUGUUAGACUUUUAAUGUUGAUUUAGGACAUGAUUUUGUAAAUAUCUUCACUGCUAGGCCUCUUUUUGCCUUUUAUUUGAUUAGCCAUAGGAUGAACAAUUGUGAAGAUGGAAAUUAUUUACUCAAGAGUUACAGAAUAGAUCAGAGAAGCAGUGAUAAUAUAUAUACUCAACUCCACACAUGUAGUAUAAUACAAUAGUUCAUAAUUAUUUUUAUUCUGAAAACAGAAAAGGGUCACUAUAUCCAUGAUUUGCAAAGAAAAUUCAUUUCAAUUGGAUUAUUUUUCAGCCAAUAAUGAAUGAGCUGCCGGAUAUGCUAUGGCUUGAAAAUUUGUUGAACCUCUCAAGUGUACUUUCAGAGGGAGGGAGACGGUUUUUCAUUUUUUAUUUAGGGACUGUCAAAUUCUACAGAAACGUCAACCAUAUGUACAUAAACCAUUUCACACCUAAUUGUAUUUGGCUUGGCUGCACUUUUCAACAGCAAGUAAAAGUAAAUGCACUAUUGUCGUAACCAUUAGUAGACCUUUUUGAUCCAAGCUUCUUUUACUGUCAUUGAGCGAAUUAGGUAGGUAUAUAUAUAUAUAUGAACUACAUUAAGGAUUUAUGAAGCAUAUCUCAAAACGGUAAAAAAAAUAGGGAAGAAAAGCUCUAUCUUUCUCAUGAUUUGAAUGAUAGGCAAGAUUGGUUGUGUUAAUAUUGUCGUGUAUUUGGCAUCUUCCCCUAUUUUUGAGCUGUCGAUUAUUAAGACACAUUUCAUCAUACUUCAUUAUGUCUCCCUCGAGAUUUAUAUUCGCUAUGCAUUUUUAUAAUAAUCCAAUAGCUAAGUGUGAUCUGAACUUAUGUAUAAUAAUAUUUGCUUUUUGUUUGCAUUUCUUACAGUACAUAAUGGAGGUUACCAGUUCAGACGUCUUUUUUUUUUUUUUUUCAUAUAUAGAGGUUGAAUACAGUGUUUUAAUACCUAUUUUAUAAUUUUAUGUGAUGAAGAGAAACAUUUUAAAUUUUGCUUGGCAUAGGUUUAUGAAUCACAUAGCAAAGCAACUUUCAUAGAUAAUGGUAUUUUAUGGUUACAUACACAUGCAUACACAUACCUUUACUCACACAUUUACAUGCAGUGACACUUGACAGAUUGGAUGUAAUUAGAUGCAGCUUCUGGAAUACAACUGAAUUUCUUAAUUUUUACUGAAAAAAAGACUUGAAGUAGAUAUGACAGCAUACUAGGCUAUCAGCAUAUGUAAAAAAAAAUGUGUAGCAUAUAAUUUUGUCCAGAUACAUAUGUAUGCUGCGCUCAUUUUUGUUGCUGCUUGUUAGCCUAACUUCAAAUACUUUUUUCAUGAUAAUAAUUAUCUUUGAAAAUUAAAUACUGCAUACCUGUGUGUGUGUGUUGUGUAUGUGUGUGUGGUGAUGUUCAUGUUUAUGAAUACUUCUCACACUAAGCCAUAUGGUUCUGAAAGAGCAUCAACUAGAAAAGUGUUUUUCUGUAACGAUGUAAGAUUUUGGCACUUUCACACUGUCUUAAAUAUUUUUCAUGUACAUAAGACAAUCAGUAAAGUUGCUCUGUUUUACAAAUGAGGUUGUGUUCGGUUAUUGAUAUGGAAUACAAGAAGAGUAUAUUUAUUUUGGAUUUUUUUUUUUUUUUUCUUAACUUUAGGAAGGUUGUCUUCACUAUUUUUAACUAAUAUCUUUCUGCAUUUCUGUUGUAUGUACCAAAAUUGUUUGCUGUAAAGCAACGGUAAAUCUAUUGUUUCCACACUUAAAUCUAAAUGUAUAGCUGCAGCAACUGUGAUGGAAUAGAUGUAUUUGUUCUUGGUAAUAUGUACCACUCUUGCUUGAAUGCCACACUAAGUGUUAUCAUACAAACCGCUUGUUCAGGCUUCUCUUAAAGUGGUUCUGAUGUUUUGUCAAGCAGAACAUGGCGAUAUUUGAGGCUGUUACAGAAAAUUGUAUGUUUAGCUUUGCCUCAUAAGAGUCCAUUUUUAAGGUCCCUGGUAAUGUUUGGCAACACACAUUACUGUCUGUGUACUUGUGCAUUUAAGCGUGCUUGUGCGUUUGAGCAUGCUUUGUGUGUGUGUGUGUUUUACAGUCAAGAACAAAAUUUGUAAAAUAGCUUUCAAAAUCCCUCUCAAAGUCAAAUUGUGGCCCUUCUUCAUUGCAGUAAGAGGGUUUUGAAGCUUCACUCAUGGUAUACUUUUGGCUUAGACUGUAUAUACAUACAUACAUGCAUGCACAUAUACACAGAGUGAUAAAUUUUGUACACCUUUUGCAGAUAAAAGUUAUUGUGUCAUUAUGAGAAAAUGGUAAUAAUUUUUUUGCAUUACUUUUGAAAACAGAUGACUUUCAAAUUCUAUCAAAAUGACUGCUGUUGGUUGUUUCUGCUUCUGAAGAACUUCGACAUCUGUUUAUGAAAAUAGAAAAAACAAAGAUGUAUCUCAGAUAUUGAUAAUAGUUACGAAAUUAUCACUGGGUUAACCGAGAUGAAAUUAAAGAUUUUAUGCAUCUGGAAACUGAAUAUUAUGGAAAUCACAUAUUCUUUUUGUUGGUUUGAAGAAUCUGUCUCUUUAUCAAAAGAGCUUUUUUUUUUUUUCUUUAGCAAAGAAUGUUUCAUAUGGUCAUUUUUUUCACAUUAUACAAAGUUGAUAAGAGAAAUCUAUAACUAAUCAUAAAACAAAUCUUCAACUUCACUAGUUGUUACAUACUUAGUUAACUAGUUUAUGAUGCUUUGCUAUUUUUUGCACUAGCUUUGCAUAGACAAAACCAUAAUGUCAUUUCUUUUCAAAAGUAAUGGGAAAAAAUAAUUACAUAUACAUUUCUUGUUCAUUAUGUCACAUUAAUAUGCAUGUGUAUGAUUUUUCAAUGCCAUAUAUGUUACCUUGUCAUAUUCUCAUGUUACAGUUAAGACUUACAAUUAUUUGAAUAUAAAACUAGAAGUAAUUCCCAUAUUUAUGCACCAAAAACGGUUUGUGUCUUGCACAUAGUGACGUGUUGUGUUAUGAAAUUUAUUGUUUCAAGUGUAUGCUGUAUAGAUGAGCUUUUUGGAGGUUUGUGAAAGACAGUAGCCAGCAUGUAAGGGAGAGAACAGUUAUUGAUGGGAUUUUAUUUUUUAUUUUUUUUAUUUAUAUAUAUAUAUAUAUUGCAUACAAAAUCCCUAAAGCCUAUGCAUCAGAAGUCAAAGAUAUGAUAAAUAUUAGUAAUAAUGUAAAUGGAGGUUUCCAUUAUUAUGAAAAGGGGUUAUAUGUAUUCUGCAUUCAUAUUUUUUUCUUUCUUGUAAAGUUGCUUUGAAAUGGUAAAAUGGCAGGGUUUACCAAUCUUUUAAGAGCUAAUGAAUUGCCUGCUUGGAAUUUUCUGUUUCUUCUUUUUUCUCUUUUCUUAACUUUUUUCAGCUCCUUUGUUUUGUUUCUGUUCUGUUGUUUGUUAUAUUCUCUUUGUUCCUUUUGCUUUUUUCUUUCUAUCAGAAGAAUAAUUUUUCCUUAUAUUUAUUUCUUCCAUUCUUGUUUCUCUCAUUUGAGGCAAUUGAUAAUGAGUUUGUGGUAAGCAUUCUGUAGUUUCUCUUUAUUUGUUAAGGAAAUUAAAAAUAGGCUCCAUAUUUAUUUUCAUGUUACUUGUUACAUUGUUCAUAAUUCAUUGGCAGCUUCUCCUGUUCAGUAAGAAAAUUUCAGUUUCAUAGUGAUGUAAUUCCAUUGCCGAGUGACUUCAAUAUUCAAACAGGCAGGGUUUAUACUGCCUUUUGUCUGUGAUGGAAAAGUUUGUGUGCAUGUAAAAGUCCUGGAAUAAAUAAUAAAUGGGAAAAUCUCGUAGUCCCAUGUCUUAACCUUUGGACUGGAAUACCUGACUUGCAUCUGCAUGAGAUUUAUAUAUUGUUAUUAGUAAUAGGUUUGAAAAUUACUCCUUUUUUCUCACUCUCUCUGUUUUUGAACAAUAUGGAAAUGAGUGUUUCUGCAGUUGCUUCUGGAUUCAGCAAAAUUCAAGAAGAGUCUGUGCUGUUAGUUUUGUUUUCACCAGAAGUUGAAAUAUGCAAUAUUUUUUUGUAUGAACAGAUUGUAUGGUAAACUUUAUUUUUUCAGGAGAUUUAUUUUCUUGUCUCCAUAACAUAAAUAAUAAAAAGAAAGGGACCAAA